CUCUCUCCCCCUCUCUCUCCAGUCUCAUUCCUCCUCCGUGUGCACAUGUAGUCAAACUCACAGUUUCUGCCUCUCUGUCUGACCGUGUGUUUUUUAAAAAACAUGUCUUUGUUAAAAAUCAUCUUCAAACUCUUCGUCUUCGCGUCACUCACCGCUGUGGUCGUGUUGCUGCUGCAGCACUGGUUGGCAACCAAGCAGUAUGUGUUCAACAAAGACGACAUCGCCAAGUUAGCCAAACAGUACGCAGGACAGGACUCGGAGCAGGCCUUCUCCAAAGUGGUGGUGGAGCUCAGAAAAAGGUAUCCUGGACACAUCCUGCCUGACGAGGACCUGCGCUGGGUGUUCGUGAACGCCGGCGGCUGGAUGGGCUCCAUGUGUCUGCUCCACGCCUCGCUCACAGAGUACGUGCUGCUGUUUGGUACAGCGGUGGACACGGGAGGACACUCGGGUCGGUACUGGGCUGAAAUUUCUGACACCAUCAUCUCCGGCACGUUCCGUCAGUGGAAGGAGGGGACGACGAAAAGUGAAAUGUUUUAUCCUGGUGACACCAUCGUACACGGCGUGGGCGAGGCCACGUCGGUCCAGUGGACGUCGGGGACGUGGAUGGUGGAGUACGGCAGAGGCUUCAUCCCGUCCACGCUGGGCUUCGCUCUGGCCGACACGCUCUUCAGCACGCAGGACUUUGUCACCAUGUUCUACACUGUGCAGGUCUACGUCAAGGCCCUGCUGCUGGAGGCGGGAACGCUGCUGACAGAGACCGGAGUUUUCUGAGACGCCGUCAACGUUCAGAGACGUUCGACAGAACCAGAAGUCUGAGACAAUCCAAACUACUUCAACACAGAUGUUCUACCUCCAUCAUGAAAUCAAACGACUGCAGUUCUCACCACAAUCACUGACCACCACUGACCACCACUGACUGCUACCACAACAAACCGUGAUGUCAUCAGAACUAAUCCAAUCAUCAUCAUUCAAGUUGUUUUUAAUGUCUUCAAAACUGAGAAAUAAAGAAAAUGAAAACCA